UAUUCGAAUAGAUUAGAGCAAACGUUGCCCCUAAUUAAGAAGCCAGCACUUGCUCUUUUUCUUUGCAAAUUUCUGAACCAAAAAAGGAAAACAUGGCGGCGGAAGCAUCUUUACAAAGUCCCCUGAAACUCGGGACUAAAAUCGUCGCCGUUGGCCGCAACUAUGUCGAGCACGCCAAAGAACUAGGCAACGCUGUCCCCAAGGAGCCGGUAUUGUUUUUAAAACCGACAUCAUCGUAUUUGGAAAACGGAGGGACAAUUGAGGUUCCACACCCUUUGAAUUCUUUACAUCAUGAAGUUGAGCUUGCUGUUGUGAUCGGACAAAAGGCUCGGGAUGUGCCUAUAAACACUGCCAUGGAUUAUUUUGGGGGCUAUGCUUUAGCACUGGAUAUGACUGCAAGGGAAAUCCAAUCUGUUGCAAAGUCUGCAGGUCUUCCAUGGACAGUUGCUAAAGGGCAGGACACAUUUACACCUAUAAGUUCUGUUUUUCCUAAAUCUAUGGCGCCUGAUCCUGACAAUUUGGAACUGUGGUUAAAGGUAGAUGGAGAAAUACGACAGAAGGGUUCCACCAAAGAUAUGAUUUUUAAGAUUCCUUACCUCAUUAGCUACAUAAGUUCCAUUAUGACACUUUUUGAUGGAGAUGUCAUAUUAACAGGCACCCCACAAGGUGUUGGCCCUGUAAAGGUAGGACAAAAGAUAACUGCUGGGAUAACAGGCCUUGUGGAUGUUCACUUUGAUGUUGGAAGACGCCAAAAGCCUGAAAGCGCUUGAGGUUAGUGCCUCCAUGCUGACACAACCCGAGCUUGUUGAAGUAUAUCCUUUAAAUUUUGGAUUCGACUGCAGCUGGGCAUAAAUGGCUCAUUCUACCAUUGGAGUUAACCAAGCACCUGAGCAGCUAAAGAGCGAACAUAAAUAUAAUCAUUUCCAAGGGACACAACCCUGAGGAUCAUUUACGGGUAUGCAAUUUAUAAUAGUACUAUGAAUCUUGUGUUUAUGAACUUGUCUUUCAGUGAGUUAUACGGAAACCAACUCAAAACUAAUGCUUGUUAGCUUUUCAAACUUGUUAAAUGGUUUGUCAGUCAAAUAAAAUUUCAUGUGAGAUUUCAUAACCGA